AUGGGGCCUAUUAUUCCUACAGUUUUUGUCCAAACCGUUGUUUGCAUCUUGACAGUUACUCCUCCAGUGAAUAUUCAGCCAGCUAGACCGACUGAUAACUUUGACUCCUAUUUUACUGGUUUGGAGGAAGUCAUCAGUGCUGCUGAAUCUAAUGGUGCUAGCAAAGGAUCAAGUUCGUGCCACCAAGAUGGUGCCUUGAGGGCUGAAAUUUCUAGCUUAGAAGAAGUUGAGAAGGCUGUGCAGUCCUUGAAGGAAUGCCUUUCACAUCUCUUUGAAUUAUAUAUGAAAGAGAGGCUAUUUGAGGCACUAUCAAUUUUAAGCUCAGCCAGAACUGGAUUAUCUUCAGAGCAACAAAUAGCGAUGAGGACAUUUCGGGCCAAUUUCAAUGAUUUCACUUUGGACUUUUUAACAUUUGAGCAGACCAGUGCUGAGUUUGAGCCGCAUAAACUACAAAAGGAUCAAAGGUUGUCUGCUAUGAAGAAGUGCCGUGAGACUCACAUCUUGUAUAAGCAGUUAAUGGAUGAUCUCGUCAAGGAAGAGGAAGAGCUCAAGAGAAAGAUGGAGGAAAUGAAGUCUAGGAGGGACAAGCUUAUCUCAGACUGGGAGAUCUUGCUGGUCGAGUCUGAAGAAGCAAAGUCGGGCUAUAAAGAUGAGCAGAAGAAAGUAGCAGAGGCUGAGGAAAAGAAGGGAAUAGCCGAGGAAAGAAUGUCCAGAUCAACCACUGCUUGGUCGAAUUUGAAGGCUCGGUCCUGUUAAAACUUUAAGGUUUCAAAUAUGCUAUGAGCCAAUUGUUAAAGUAUAAAAACUGAGUUUUAGCUUGACUAUUUGUGGCCAAUUUUUGGCAGAACAAUCACUUA